GUUCUUGCUUCCUUUCCGGAAAAGCAGACAGCCACCUAGCCCCUUCCAAGGAACUCGUCAUCAUCUCACAUUCCCCCUUCCCCCAAAUGCUAUAGGCUGAGCCCUUUCCAGCCACCCAUUGCAAACUCGGGCCCCCUCCAACCCCCCCUCCCUCCGUGGCUUCACCCACCAUUUGCUAUUCCCAAGGAGCAUAAAGUCUAGAUGCCCCCCUCCCCCACAUGCACGCCUUGCAUUCCCAUUUUAACCUCUUUUCCCCUCAGUCCCUAAUCCAAUUUUGCACAUUUCUCCCUUUAAACUAGGUUGAAAAACUGCUGUAGCUUGCAACUCUUGAAACUUCCUCGGUUGCUGUAGUCCAUGUUAUAUUACUCAAAGGGACAACAAAAAUACACUUAAUCCUCUUGCGGAUUUUUUAAAAUAUUAAUAAUAAUGCAUUUCCUUCUUCCCCUUUAAUUUCCCCUUUCCUUUCCUCCCCCCCCCCCUCUUCUUCUUCUUCUUCUUCUUCUUCUUCUUCUUCUUCUUCUUCUUUUUUGGGCAAGGAAAUUUGCUCCAUCUCCAGCAGCAACCACUGCUCCUUUUGAUGUUGUGGUACGCCGUGCGCAUGCGCUCCACAUUAGAAUUACUGCACUGGCUAGAAUAAGUUGGAUCUCUUCUUCUCUUCCACCGAAAACCUAAAUCAUAUCAAAAGCUAAAGGGAUGCUGAGAGUCCGGAAAAAAGGUUGCUUGGGGAUUUGGUCGUUGCCCUUAAUAAUAACAGUGGUGUGUGCACAGAGCGCUAAUGAUCCCAGCAAUAUGUCACUGGUAAAAGAGACCGUGGAUAGACUACUGAAAGGCUACGACAUUCGACUGAGGCCAGAUUUUGGAGGUCCCCCUGUGGCUGUUGGCAUGAACAUAGAUAUUGCCAGUAUAGACAUGGUGUCAGAAGUCAAUAUGGACUAUACCUUGACAAUGUACUUUCAGCAAGCAUGGAGGGAUAAGAGGCUUUCGUAUAAUGUAAUACCUUUAAAUCUUACACUGGACAAUAGAGUAGCAGAUCAGCUUUGGGUUCCUGAUACCUACUUCCUGAAUGAUAAGAAGUCAUUUGUACAUGGUGUCACUGUGAAGAACAGGAUGAUUCGUUUACAUCCAGAUGGUACAGUUCUCUAUGGUCUCAGAAUUACAACAACAGCUGCAUGUAUGAUGGACCUACGAAGAUAUCCCCUAGAUGAACAAAACUGCACACUAGAGAUAGAGAGCUAUGGCUACACAACAGAUGAUAUUGAAUUUUACUGGCGUGGGGAUGAUAAUGCAGUUACAGGAGUGACAAAGAUUGAACUGCCACAAUUCUCCAUUGUAGAUUACAAACUUAUCACCAAGAAAGUUGUUUUCUCAACAGGUUCCUACCCAAGGCUGUCUCUCAGUUUUAAACUUAAGAGAAACAUUGGCUACUUCAUUCUGCAAACUUAUAUGCCUUCCAUUCUGAUCACUAUCCUUUCCUGGGUUUCAUUCUGGAUUAAUUAUGAUGCUUCAGCUGCAAGAGUGGCUUUAGGGAUCACAACGGUGCUCACAAUGACAACCAUCAACACCCAUCUCCGAGAAACACUACCGAAAAUUCCCUAUGUGAAAGCUAUUGACAUGUAUCUGAUGGGAUGCUUUGUCUUCGUGUUCAUGGCUCUCCUGGAGUAUGCAUUGGUCAACUACAUAUUCUUUGGCAGGGGACCACAGCGUCAGAAGAAAGCAGCAGAAAGAGCCGCCAGUGCUAACAAUGAGAAAUUACGAAUGGAUGUCAAUAAGAUCUUUUAUAAAGAUAUAAAACAAAAUGGGACCGAAUUGCGAUCCCUGGAUCCCACUGGAAAUCUCUCCCCAACUAGAUGGACUGCCAGUUACGAUUACUCUCUUAAUACGGACAGAAGAAUAAUUGGCACAUAUCAUUGUCCAGAAAUGUAUUCAACAAAGAUGGAUCCACAUGAAAACAUUCUGUUGAGCACACUUGAAAUUAAAAAUGAGAUGGCUGCCUCUGAAGCUGUUAUAGGCCUUGGUGACCCUAGAAGCACUAUGCUGGCCUACGAUACCUCAAGUAUCCAGUACCGGAAGGCUGGCUUACCAAGACACAGCUUUGGCCGUAAUGCCCUGGAACGGCACGUGGCACAAAAGAAAAGCCGACUACGGAGACGUGCUUCUCAGUUGAAAAUUACCAUCCCUGACUUGACUGAUGUAAAUGCCAUAGAUCGAUGGUCACGCAUAUUCUUCCCUGUUGUUUUUUCCUUCUUCAAUAUUGUCUAUUGGCUUUACUAUGUGAACUAAAACAAAACAAAGCCACACAGAUAUCAAGAACUGGAUUUCUCUUCAAAAUCAGUUGUACAGCCAAAUGUGGGACUUAGGGAGAACAAAAACCUAUUCAGGACAAAAGUUAUUUUAAAACACCUUAGUUGCUGGCCCACUCUAUAAUCUGUUUUGUAAUGUUUUGGUUUCUUUGCAAAACUGUGAAACAUAUAAGUUACAGUACAAUUGUAUACAACGCGACCUUUGAAGAUAUAAUUGUGUUUGAUGUUUGGAGGCAGAAUUUUAAACUUGGUCAUUUCACUUUUUUCACACAUCAUCUUAGCACUAAUACAUUUAGACACAGAAAAAGGUAGU